AUGCACAUCCGGUGCCGCGGCGACUGGACGACCAGCUUCAGGGCGCUGUUCGCGCAGGUCUGCCGGCCGCCCGCCGCCGGGCAGAGCGGCCUCCUGCGGGCCGACUUCGCGUCCUCCACGGCCGCGGCGUCCGGCAAGCUCCCGAAGCUGCUGAUCGACGGGCCCUACGGUGCCCCCGCGCAGGACUACCGCAAGUACGACGUGCUCCUCCUCAUCGGUCUCGGCAUCGGCGCCACCCCGCUCAUCAGCAUCGUCAAGGACGUGCUCAACAACAUCUCCGACGAAGAGCAGCCAGCGGCGCCGUCGUCUGCGUCGGCGUCGCCGGCGGUGGCGGAGUUCAUGACGCGGCGCGUGUACUUCUACUGGUGCACGCGGGAGGAAGGCUCCUUCGAGUGGUUCCGCGGCGUGAUGAACGAGGUGGCGGAGCGCGACGCCCGUGGCGACGUGGUGGAGCUGCACAACCACUGCACCAGCGUGUACGAGGAAGGGGACGCGCGGUCGGCGCUGCUGGUGAUGCUGCAGGCGCUGCACCACGCCAAGAGCGGCGUCGACGUGGUGUCCGGGACCCGCGUGCGCACGCACUUCGCCCGGCCCAACUGGCGGGACGUCUUCAAGCGGGUGGCCUGCAACCACCAGGGCCAGCGCGUCGGCGUCUUCUACUGCGGCGACCAGAAGGUCACGCCGGAGCUCCGGCGGCUGUCGCAGGACUUCUCCCACAAGACCACCACCAAGUUCGUCUUCCAUAAGGAGAACUUCUGA